AUGAGUUUUAUUGGACAAAAUUUGUUACAAAAUAUUGAUUCAAGACUACGUCAAGCUUUUCCUGAAAAAUCAAACAUGAGUUUUGGUGGAAGAUCAAUCAUUUUCGUAGGAGAUUUGGGACAACUACCUCCUGUUAGUGACAAACCACCUUAUGAUAGUAAUGUGCAUGCAAAAUUAUUAUGGCAAGAGUUUAAGACAGUUGUUACUUUGGAUAAGGUGUUUAGACAAGAUGGAGAAACUGAAGACCAACAAAGGUUUCGCCAAUUACUCACAAAUAUUAGAGAUGCACAUCCAACUAUAGAUGAUUGGAAAUUAUUGAUGACAAGAAUAGAUGCUUCAUUACAUCCAACAAUUAAGGACGAGUUUGAUAAUAAUAUUCAUCUAUUUGCAACAAAUGACAAUGUGCAUAACCAUAAUAGAAAAAAGUCAUAUGCAUUAAGAAGACCAAUAGCCCGAAGCAUUGCAAGUAAAGAAGGUAGUACUAAUCCAGCAGGAGGUCAAAAUGAUGAGUUAGAUGUUGAAUUAUUAAUUUCUAAGGAUGCAAGGGUCAUGUUAACAUCUAAUUUAUGGAUAGAAGCGGGUCUUGUGAAUGGAGCUUUAGGAUACAUCCGAAAUAUCAUAUACAAACCUAGAUGUGCCCCACCAGAUCCACCAACAUAUGUUAUGGUUGAAUUUGACAAUUAUUUUGGACUUCCUUUUGAAGAUGCAUCUCCUAAUUUGAUUCCUAUUUCACCAAUACAAAGGGGCCGUACACAUCAAUUGCCACUACGAUUGGCUUGGGCACUAACAAUCCAUAAAUCACAAGGAUUGACUCUUUCAAAGGCAACAAUUGACAUAGGACCAAGAGAAAGGGCAGGAUUAACAUUUGUUGCUAUAUCACGUGUUAAGGCCUUGGAUGGAAUUAGAAUCUCACCACCAUUUUCAUAUGAUCGUUAUGAAAAAAUGAAGACAGGAAAGCAACUUGCCAAAAGGAAAGUAGAGGAAGAAAGACUAAAAUCUUUGGAAACAUAA